UCACACUCGUUGAUAAGGCUUCAUGUACAUUACCAUUAUGUCUUAGUUCGUAAUUAAAGGUAAACUAUUAUAUUUUAAAUGAUUAAUUUCGUUCCCUUUUUAAUUACAAAUUUUAAACAGUACUUUUGAAUUCAGUCCUAAAUUUAUUAAGAAUUUAACAGUAUGGAUUAUAAUGAUGUAAAAAUUAAUUUAAGGAAAUACGCUUUUCCUCUUUCUACAGAAAAUGCAUUAAACCAAAUACAAACAGUAAUUAAUGGCGAAACCACUCGUAAACAGCAUUUAAAUGAAGAUCUUGCAAUGGAUUUAAUAUCUGAAUUUAUAUUUUGCGAAACAAAUGAAGAAGGGAAACCUACAAAACCAAUGUCAAGAAUCAGACACUUAGAACUAUUGGUAAUGUUGUGUGAAUAUUUUAAUAAAACAAAGAUUAAACAUGAAAUUGAUAACUGUUGUGGAGACACCUCUCUUAAUGCUAUUUUCAUGACACUCUUCCCUCAGUUUGGUGCACCUCCUCAACGAACCAAUAUGUUAGUGAGUUUAGUGUCAUUAGCAAUUACAACAUAUAGUAAUCUUAUACUGCAAUCUGCUGGUAUCCAAAUGCAGCAGCUUGGCUGCUCAUCAAAGUACAGUUUACAAUUAGCUGAUGGACUUGUUAAGAAAUGCUUUAUGUUUACAAGCACUAAAGACAUAGCAUUAAAAACAUUACCACAGAAUGCUCCACUGUUUACUGCUAACUUGAUGACAUCAUUAGCAGAAUUAUAUUUUGUGACAAAACCCCAUGAUGUUGUUAUUAAAGAACCCCCAAGGAUUGUUUUAGAAACAAUUGUUCAUUGGAUUAAUUCAGACCCUUGUUUAUGUUUUACUGCACAUUAUACAGAUUUACAAAGAGCAUUACCUUGUGGAGCUAUUCCUAUGGCCGCUACACUUCCUAUACAUGGUUUAUUUAGAUGGUGUUUCCUUGCUCCUUUGUUUGUAAAAAAUAGUGACGAUUUAGAAUUAUAUUCUGAACUUCACUGUGCUCUAAUAGAAAGUGUAAUGCAAGGUUGGAAAGUAUAUUCAGAACAGAAUCAAAGAGUUAGUAGACCUUAUACCAUGAGUACCCAUACUUCAGUGCCUCCAUUACUUAAAGAAUUCAUUGAAGAUGCUCUUAAAUCAGAUAGUCAACAAUUAAGAAAUAAAGUUGAUAUUGUGAUUGAAAGGUUAGCUCAAAGUAUCCAUGCUGCUAUUAUAUCUGACACAAUAUUUGGAAAUAAAAUGGACUUAGUAAAACAAUUAGAAGUAUUACCUCAAAAUGAUAUAUUGCAAGCUUUAUUGAAACGUAUUCAAGUUUAAUUUUAUUAAUUGCUGAUUUUCAUAAUAAAUAUUAUUAUUGCAAAUUCAAGUCCCAUUCAAUUUGUUCAUUGAAUGUUUGUUUCAUUGAUUGUUUCCUUAAACAUUUAAAUAUUGCUGCUCGAAUUUGCUGAUAGAUUAAAAUUAUAAUUUACUGAAUUAUUCUGAAUAUUUUAAGAAGAAUUCCGGAAUCAGUGACAUAAUUUCAUUCAGAAUCUGCUAUAAUAUUUGUUGCAAAAAAUUUUGUUUAUUUCUGAAAGUGAAUAUUUAUUUAUUGAGUUUUAUUUAUUAUAUUUAUGGGACAUUUGCACUAAACGGUGCUAUAAAUAUCAAUUUUCUAAGUGGAUUGUAGAUACUAAAACAGCAUCAUAUUUGCCUGACGAAUUAUAACAAAAGAAUUGCUUGGUUGUUUGCAAUCGUUGCUAGACACAUUUGACCUUAAAGAAAAAUGUUGCACCAUCUAAGUCUUAUUGGAAUAAAUUGGAUCCAGAAGUGAUUUCGGAGUAUCACAAGACGAGUAGAGGUUGAUUUCACUUAUUAUACCAUUUGUUAAAAUUAUAAAACUUAGCAGUGUAUUUGGGCAAUAUAGUUUUCGAGGUCAAGCAGUAAUAUUCGCUCAGGAUUUUCUCGAAGUUACUGAAAAUCAUUCGAAGAUGUUACCAAGAUCCACAAGUAAUGCUGGAAUAGUUAUCAUUACUGAGUGUUUUGAAAAUAUUAACGUUACUCCACAGUUUUCAGUAUCUAAACAAAAAGUAUAUGACGCACUCCAUUGGUUAGUAGCUAACAAUCCACUUUAUAAAGACGUCACUAUCGAUCAAAACGUCGUAAUGAGUGAUGAGGAUAUCAUAAGAGUAGAAAAAGCACCAUUAGAAGUUGCUGAGGAGAUUAGUGAAGAACCUACCUAGAGAAUUAGUGCUUACAUGAGCAUCAGCGAUUUUGCGAGAAUUGUACGUACUUCAUGGCAUCCAGGAAACGAUGCCAUACUCACAUCAGGAUAUGCAGGCUUACAAUGCUGUGCGAUGGCAUUGUCCAACAUCCUAAAAGCUAGUAUUCUUGCACUACAACACUGGUCGACAAACACUCAAUCUGAAUAUGAUAAUAGGUGACCAAAUCUACAGCGAAAUAAGAUUUCAAACGGAGAGAAGUCAAUCGGCAUAUCCUAUUAAAGAUGAUAGAUGCCUACUGGUGUGAAAUUUUAAUGUGGUCAAAAUUGAUUUGAUCGCAUUUGGAAAAGAUUUAAGAUCACUUUUGUUGAUGAAUCAAGCGUAUAUGGAAGCUUGAAUGAUAAGUAUAAUGUAGCAAACUUUGGACGCACCCAUCGUCAAGGUUUGGAAGAUCUGUUCGUGGUAUAUAGCGCCGGCAUAUUGAUAACAGAUGAACAAUCAUUCGGAGUGAUGCACUAAAAUGGAAAAUAUUACUUCAGCAAUUCACACUCUUGUGGUCAAAAGGGAUCCAGAGCGAACGACAGCUACGGAAAAGCUUGCAUCAUCGAAUAUGAUAAUUCAGGAGAGUUUGCGAGGAUCUGUAAACGUGCUACAGGCAGCAUAACGACAAUAUCGUUAAUGUAGGACAUGAACUGAAAGCAGUAGAAUUUGCCUGGUACUUCUUAUUUUCUUAUGGAAAAUACGGUAUUAAAGAGCAAAGACCCGUAAAUAUUACAGCAUUAGACUACUUUCAGUGUAGAAUUUUGGGAAGUGAUACAAGAUUUCAACGCAACGACUAUCUUUUUUAUGCCUUAUCCUUUGAAUAUCAUCGUAUCAAAAGCACUAUAUCAGCAUGUGGUAAGAAAAUCGUUAAUCAAGAAGGUGCAGUCGAAGAAGUCCAUCUGUAUGUGAAAAAUUUGAGAGGUUCUAUAGCAUAUUGGAGAUCAGCCUUAAACGAGCUAUUAGCUCAAAUCAGAUGUUUAGGAGCUCCAACCUACUUUGUAACAUUUAGCUCAAAUUAUCUCAACUAGUUAGAUCAAUGAAAAGCUUUGUUAAUAGUUGAUCCUAAUACGCUCAAAAUUUAUGAGACUUAAAGGCAAUCGAAAAGUACCUAGUAAUUUAGAGUCGACAUUUCAUGGUUAGAAAUGUAACGAAACACGAAUUGCGUCCCAUUCUUCAGAUGAUUUUCUUCGUAACGGAGGUAGAAUUUGUUUACUUAAGCGUCGAAUUGAAAAAACGUGGGUAAAUAAUUACCACCCAGAGUUAAGAUUAUGGUCGGGCAACAUGUAUAUUUAGCCGUGCGGAUCAAACGAUGCGAUAGCGUACUAUAUAGCAAAGUGUCUAUCGAAAACAGAACCCGAAGGUGUAGAUUCUGGAAUUGUGCAAGCAAUACAGCAAAUUCAGCGUGAAGAGACAGAUAUUUCAUGCAAACUGUUCAGGAUAUGUAUGAAGAUUCUUCAUGAACGACAAAUAUCGAGUGCAGAAUGUGCGUAUCGAAUUUGUCAUAUCCCAUUACGAGAACACUCGCGAAGCUGCAUUUAUCUAAACAUAAGAACAGCGUUAAAGAGUAUUGCAAUUCGACAAAAGUGGACACGCAACUAGCUAUUGUAGCAAUAUCUUUGAAAGAUAUAAAAACGUCCGUUACAACAUCCUGACAAUGAUUUUGCGAACAUGAGCCUUACAGCGUUUGCAAUGUUGUUUGAACCAUUUUAUACAAAAAAGGUAAGCGAGACCUAAGAAAGUAUUGAUCAUGAUAAUUAUGAAGAACAUCCAAACACAUGUCGCCAACUCUUCUUGGAUAAGAGCAAAAUGGCUGUGAGGAAUGUUCCCGCAGUUGUGAGGGUACCAUACUUUAUAGCAAUAUCAGAUCCAGAAAACAUUUUCUACAGCUUAGUCAUUCAAUAUAUGCCUUACCGUUUGGAAACUGAACCAUUUGAAAGUUUUAAAAAUGCAAAAGAGGCCUUCUUAGAUCGGGAGGAUCGUUUGAAAGAAAUGAGUGUAUAUAUAUGUGUCAAUUUCGAGAGAAUGACCAACAGUUUGAAAACGAAUUCAAUCAAAUACAUGCAUUUGAAAUUUUAGAGCAGCCAGAGAAUAUCAAUCCUGAACUUGGGGAAGAAGAAUUACCAGAGACAGAAAUAAGCAAUCAUCAAUUUCAGGGAGCACAACAGGCUAUGAAUAUUGAUCAAAGACAAUUGGUCAUCUUCAUUACAGAAAGUAUCAAAAAUCAACUUAACGAUGAUAUUAAACGAGAAAAAAUUGUUGUAACUGGUGUAGCAGGUACCGGAAAAACUUUCCUCUUCAAUAUUUUGAAUAACCAAGUUAACCAAUUUUAUGGAAAAUCGGUUGUGAAAAUUGGUGCUCUCACUGGAUUUGUAGCACAAUUGGUUGGUGGCUCUACACUACACCAUCUGCUAAAACUACCAGUACAAAAAUAUGGAGUUAUCGUUAGCAUGCCAUUUCUAACUGGUAUUUAUUUGAGAGGUAUGCAACAAUUAUGGCAAAACGUUGAGUUUCUGUUUAUAGAUGAAAUUUCUAUGGUACCUUAUGAGAUGCUUUGCAUGAUCGACACUCGUUUGCGUCAAUUGAAAAGUCCUUUGUUUUGGAGGCAUAAAUGUUUUACUCUUUGGUGAUCUAAUGCAGUUACCACCUAUCCGAGGACAUCAAGUAUUUCAACAACCAGAACACAUGAAACCCGCUACACAUUUGUGGUGGUAAUUCCGCCUGGUUGAACUCAAACCAAACAUGCGCCAACAAGUAGACACGACAUACAUAGAUGUGCUUAACGCCUUAGAAUUGGAGAAUUAACAUCUAAGAAGUUCUUCUUGGUAAGAAUUCUGAAAUCUGAAGAAUUUUCGAUUGAGAGAGCUUUGAGGAUUUAUCCGACAAAUGACCAACUUACUAGACAUAACGAAAAAGUUCUCCAAAAUUUUGAGAAUAAACGGACUGCUAUUUAUUUAAUUAAAGCACAAGACCAACUUAUUGAUGCUACACGAAAUUUAGAAAUGAACGUGGAAACUCCGAUAAAGUUACUUUGUCUUCAAGAACCUUCAGCUGUACAGCAAUUCUUCUAAAUGAAUAAUAUGGCCGCUGAAUGUAUGAGAAAACAACGUUAUGUUUAUGUUGCACUGACACCGCCAGUCGAAAUGCUUGACUCAAGCAGUUAUAAUAUUUCGUUCAGUGACAGAAAAUUUUUGGGAUUGAAUCCAAAGGAGGACUUCAAUAUUAUGGUAAAUAUUAUUACUCCUUCACGAUAUAUUACCAUGUCAAUACAAUUUUUAAAUAUUGUUUACGGCAUGAUGGAUGAAAUAAAUCUAUUUUUACAAUCAACUUCUAUGAGGAACGAAAACAAUAUUUUUAACUAAAAUGAUUGUUUCAAACUAUUUAAAGUAUUAUAUCGUGAUACAGUACAUUUAGUAUUAGAAUCAGUAACGCUCGAUGGAUGUCGUGUAUUAUUAAAUAAUGAAAACAUUCAGGUGCUUAAGCAAUUGGAGUAUACUAUUAACAAUGGUAUAACAAGAAAAUUAAAAACGCGUAUGCAAGGAAUAGAUCUAAUAGGUCGUAUUGUACAAUACGCCGAUAGUAAAUGGACAGGUCUUAGAACUCAACAAUCACCCAAUGGUGAAAUGUAUAAUUUAAUAAGAAGUAUAAACGAUUUAACACUCAACGAAAUUAUCCCAAAAGGUGAUAAUAGCUACCUAAGCAAGUUGAAGAAUGUAGCAUACGAUGAAAUAGUCGAUCGAUGGGUCAAGUCGUGUUCCGAGGGCACGUUUCAAAUCAAUG